UGGACCACCUAGGAGUGGGAAAGGCUAAUGUAUGCUUCUUUCAGCCACUUAAACUGCCUUGGGUAAGCCAGGCUAAGAUUAAGAUGGGUGAGGGGGACGCAGCCUGCCCUCUCAGACCCUCCCUUACCCUGUAACUCCACCCCUUCCCCAGUCCCCAAGACGAAUGAGACAAGAGCUAGUCCACCCUCCCGAGUGCCACGCACUACCCGGCUCCUGAGUGUGAGAAAGUCUCGGGACCAUCAUCCAUAGCCACAGGUUCCCCCAGACACACCCUGCUCUGGGUCUACCCCAAACUCCAGUUCAGUCCUCUAAGUGGGUGGGACCCACAGCAGCUUCCCAGGUGGGGAGCACAGGCUCCAUCGGGUCCUAGUGCCGCCGGGCACAGAGAGACUGCCAGCUGGGACAGACGCUCACUCGCGGUUCCAUUGUGGGGUGACCGGCAGCCACCCGGCCGGCCAUGAGGGGUACGCCCCUGCUCCUCGUCUCUCUGUUCGCUCUGCUUCAGCCUGCCACAGUGGGGUUCCUCCAGACAAGGGCCCAGCACGUCUGACUAUACGAUUUCCCAGGGGACUGCCGCCUGGCCAACGCAGAGGAGAAGCUGAUGGAUGAUCUCCUGAACAAAACCCGCUACAACAACCUGAUCCGCCCAGCCACCAGCUCCUCCCAGCUCAUCUCCAUCCGCCUGGAGCUAUCACUGUCCCAGCUCAUCAGUGUGAAUGAGCGAGAACAGAUCAUGACCACCAGCAUCUGGCUGAAACAGGAAUGGACUGACUACCGCCUGGCCUGGAACAGCUCCUGCUAUGAAGGGGUGAACAUUCUGAGGAUUCCUGCAAAGCGAGUCUGGUUGCCUGACAUCGUGUUGUACAACAAUGCCGAUGGGACCUAUGAGGUGUCUGUCUACACCAACGUGAUCGUGCGUUCCAACGGCAGCAUCCAGUGGCUGCCCCCUGCCAUCUACAAGAGUGCCUGCAAGAUAGAGGUGAAGCACUUUCCCUUCGACCAGCAGAACUGCACCCUCAAAUUUCGCUCCUGGACCUAUGACCACACAGAGAUUGACAUGGUUCUUAAAUCACCCACAGCCAUCAUGGAUGACUUUACCCCCAGCGGUGAAUGGGACAUUGUGGCCCUCCCGGGUCGAAGGACAGUGAACCCACAGGACCCCAGCUAUGUGGACGUGACCUAUGACUUCAUCAUCAAGCGCAAGCCACUCUUCUACACCAUCAAUCUGAUCAUCCCUUGUGUGCUCAUCACGUCGCUGGCUAUCCUGGUCUUCUACCUGCCCUCCGACUGUGGGGAGAAGAUGACGCUCUGCAUCUCAGUGCUGCUGGCACUCACAUUCUUCCUGCUGCUCAUCUCCAAGAUCGUGCCUCCCACCUCCCUUGACAUUCCCCUCAUUGGCAAGUACCUCUUGUUCACCAUGGUGCUGGUCACCUUUUCCAUCGUCACCACUGUGUGUGUCCUCAAUGUGCACCACCGUUCACCCAGCACUCACACCAUGGCAUCCUGGGUCAAGGAGUGCUUCCUGCACAAGCUGCCCACCUUCCUCUUCAUGAAGCGCCCUGGUCUGGAAGUCAGCCCCGCCAGGGUCCCUCAUUCCAGCCAGCUGCACUUGACCACAGCUGAAGCUACGUCCACCUCUGCCUUAGGCCCCAGCAGCCCAUCCAACCUCUAUGGGAAUUCCAUGUACUUUGUGAACCCUGUCCCUGCCACUCCUAAGUCUGCAGUCAGCUCCCACACGGCAGGCCUCCCCAGGGAUGCCCGGCUGAGGUCCUCUGGGAGGUUCCGGCAAGAUCUACAGGAAGCAUUAGAGGGCGUCAGCUUCAUCGCACAGCAUUUGGAGAGUGAUGAUCGAGAUCAGAGUGUCAUCGAGGACUGGAAAUUCGUCGCAAUGGUCGUCGACCGCCUGUUCCUGUGGGUGUUCGUGAUUGUGUGUAUUCUGGGCACCAUGGGGCUCUUCCUGCCACCCCUCUUCCAGAUCCACGCACCCUCCAAGGGCCUCUAGGCUACCCAGCGUGUUAUGGGGCCCUGGGUUGUAGUGGGAUGAUAUGAGCAGCCUAGUGGGCAGUUUACUGCUUCAUCUGGGUUGUAGCUAAUGAGACCCUAAGUAAAGCUAAGACUAUUGGCAGUCAGCCUAUCAAUCUAGCCACGAGAAGGACAGAGAUAGGUGGCUUGCACUGAUCGCUCUGAAUAUCUUCGAGUAAGUCCCUUGAAGGAGGGGGAUUAGGUGGCUGAAGUCCAUUCUGGCCUCCUUCCUUCCAUGUGCCAGGCACUGGAGUCAGACAGCUGUGUAUCAUCCCAUCACACCCCAGCCCACCUUCCCAUCCAUCUCCCUCCAAUCCAGGCUACCCACUAGAUUCCCUGGCCGUCUUUCAUUUCCUCUCACACUUCCAGAUUCUUCCAGGUUAGAACCUUCAAAUCUGCUGUAGCUACCGCCCAAACCUCAGACUCUCAAUUCCCAAGCUUUUUACAUGUCUGCACUAGGCAGAGAUCUACUCCCAUGAUCCUCUGUUCCAAUAUGUCACUUCCUGUACAAGCCUUCCCUAGCCAUGCAUUCCAAAGCAGCGUCUCCCAUAACCACAUUAAACCUCCAGCUUUCUUGAGUGUCCUCCAUUGGCAGCUGCAGUCCUUAGUUGGUGGCACACUAGUCACCAGCACCUUGCCCAUUAAAGUCUAUGCUCAACAAGGGUCGGAGUGUGUGAAUUCACAUUCACACUCCAGAGCCUGGGACAGAGCUCUGCACACAGAAGGUGCAAAAUAAAUGUUUGUUGAAUGAAUGGCUCCUGCUCUCCUUCAAACACACACACACACACACACACACACACACACACACACACACACCCUCUGAGUAGCUGUCCUUGCUCCCUUCCUGCUUUCUGCCUUUACACCAUGGUUGGUUCAGGCCUGUCUCUUUCUCACACUGAUCUGUUUCUCUCACGGUGCCUGCCCCACUGUUGGCACUCAAGAUACUUCUGGAAUUAAGGAGUGUUAGUGGCUUUUUUAAAAAAAUAAAUGUUGAGCCAGGUGUGGUGGUUCACGCCUUUAGUCCCAGCACUUGGGAGGCAGAGGUAGGCGGAUCUCUGAGUUCGAGGCCAGCCUGGUCUACAGAGUGAGUUCCAGGACAGCCAGGGCUACACAGAGAAACCCUGUCUCAUAAAAACAAACAAACAAACAAAACAAUACAAAAAAAAUGUUGCUGUUUUCCUUUUACCCAGCUAGCUCCCAAAUAAUUUUGACUGGACUAUUGUAUUUAUUUAAGAAGCUUUAAAGGCACAACAACGAGCAGCAUUAUCUAUUUUAAUCCUCUAAACUGAUCUGGCUACCUCCCAGUCAAAACCCCAGUGAUACUUGCAUUUUAGUACUGAUCUGGCUCUCUGGGCUCCAGGUGUUUUCUUAUGGCAUCUCCUGGACUCUCUACCCAAAGAGAAUCCCCACUCUCCUCCUGCCCCCUUCCCUGGAUGGGAGGAAGUCCAGACCUAGUCUCUCCCCUGCUUAGCCAUUGACCAAUCAGGGAAUAAUUGGGGAGCAAUGUUUACAUAACAUUGAGACUGGAAAUUCUCAGAAUAAGAAUUACAAUCAAAUGUGGGGGCACAGAAAUCAGCGUUUGAAUAAUAUAAAGGUAAUCUUUACACAGGGUAUUAUUUCAUGCCUACAAGGGGAAGAUUUUAAAAAUUUAUUAUUUUAUGUGUAUGGAUGUUUUGCCUUCAUGUAUGUGUGUGUACCACGUACAUGCUAGUACCCCCCCCCCCAGAGGCCAGGAAAGGGCACUAGAUCCCCUGGAACUGGAGUUACAGACUUGAGCCACCACGUAUGUGGUGGGAAUCAAACCUGAGUCUUCUGGAAGAACAGCCAAUGCUCUUCUUGACUGCUGAGUCUCCAGCCCCUGAGGGAGAAUAUUUUAAAGUGUUUUGUUUUUAGAAUUAACCUACAAUAAAGUUGACUUCUUUAAAGUUUAA